AUGACGGAAUCGACCAUAACUAAACUUAUUUGUGCUAAUCAUGGAUCAAUGAACGUCGAUGAAUUAGAUGCGAAUUUUUACAGUGACUUGUACGUCUCGGUGCGGGAUGUAAUUACGAAUCGAGCGAAAUUCUGUUUAGUUGUUUUUAACGAAGAGCAAAGGGUGGUAGCCAAGACUGGAGUUCGACUGUGCAGAUCCAACGAUUGCCAGGGAUGCCGAAAUUUACAUUUUUGUAAACGAUUCCUGCUUGGAGAUUGCCCAUUCAGUCGGAGAAGGUAUGGAAUUGGCCGCUUGGAACUUCAACGCUUCCCAAAUGUGUUACUGUUUUUACAAUCGUUUGUUGGUGACGUUAUUGUAAUCACAAGGCCUGCACUGGGGAACUUUUCUCACAUAGCCUUUCCAUUUGCGUUAUGGCAGGGAUCAUAAUUACAAAUCAUUUGACUACAAAUUGACCGCAAGAAUCCCAAACAGAUAUAAUAUUAGACUAAAACGUAAUAAUUUCAAAUCUAGUUUACGUUUGUAUACGAUCACAUGUCUAUUAUCCGUGGCAAUACUUGGGAACAGACUUCUCAAAUUAAAAUCACUUGGAGCUGAUCACCUGGUGUUUUUAGUCUUUUAUGUCCAAUAUGUAUUUAUUAUGCUCAGAAAACUUGGGGAGCCAAAUAAGACAACCGUUGCUGCCAGUUGGGGAACCCUGCUUUAUGGCGUUAUUGGUGUGUAUAUAGAGAACCACCAGGGUUGCCAGGUGUAGCAAGCAUUUCUAAACCAAUGACCUCUCAAAACCAGCCCACAAGGCCUGAAAACUAGACCCCCAUUUGUUUUCUACAGCAAGAGAGGAGUUGCUUUAUGGAGCAAUUAGGAAGGAAUAUUGACGUAAUUUGUAACAACAUAGGCUAAGAAGCAAAAUGCGGUUAUCCAUCAAAAUAAUGAUUAUUGUGAGCUUAAGAAUAGUUGCAGCAAGAGAAAAAGAUAAUUCCCCUUAUUAAACAUUUUCCAUCAAUGGAUUCGAUUUAAGUUGUUUGACUACUAUGAUUAAGAUAAGGCCCAGGAGGUGUGGUAUAGGCCAAUGCCACACAACCCUGAGGGCCUUACUCUAUUUAUGGUACCAACGUAAUUAGAACAGUAAAAAUAAUGUUUGUCAUACUGUGGUACACGACGAAUCCAGCUUUCACCAUAGCAUCAGGGCUAACACAAGUUGGUAUUACAAUAGGAGGGUUGUGAUCUGCCAUAUACAGGAGGGCUGUCUCGCAUGACGCAACGCAAGCCUAGAUAAGCCUAGUCGUGGAUAUGCAUAUACAACAAGUCUGAGGUGCCUUAUUGCUAUUAUAAACUGGUUACCACGUAUUAGAGCAGAAAAAAAUGUUUUGUCAUAAUCAGCAUUCAGGACUGUAAAUAACGUUUGUGCAGUCUAGAUAAAUCCCGGAGAGUUGGGUGAAUCUGUGGACCUUGGUAAAAAAAAAAAAAACAAAAAGAAUGUUACUAUUUUCUGGCAAUUGUGACGUUUUAUGUCAAUGUUAAGACUACAAGUAUAAGGCUAUUUGUUGUGACUGUUUUCAGGUUUAUAAUGCAUGAACUUGCCAUGUUUGCUGAACGAUGCAGGUCCAUAGCCCCUGAUGUCAUUUAAAAUCACAUGAAACCAUUGAUUGACAUGAUUACAUGAUACUCCAAUUAAUUAACUAACAUGCAUUAAAUGGCAUAACACAGUACAACAACAACUGAAGUUAUCAUUUAUGAAAUAUGUUGCCAGUCCAGGUAGGCUACCAUGGCCAAUUGAUUGCAUGACUCAGUGUAUCAUCUUUCACUAUGUAUCAAAUGGUAUGCUACGAUAUUUCACUCGUCUGCUUUACGUGCAGGGGUACAAACGAGUCAACCAGCUUCACAGUGAAAGCGAAACACGCCCAAGUAGUAAUCACUACCUACAAACACGCUUCUGAGUUGACUUUGUAUUUAUUUUAUUUCACGCUCUGCACACUCACAGGGCCCUAACCUACGCACAUGAUACUCAACACACAUACAUACACUCACUCUCAUUUGCUCACACACACAUAACAUGCACAUACAUUUAUACAGACUCUACACACACCCACUCACAUACAAUCAUCAUAUACGCUGCUACUCUAUUUAUCAUAUAUCCUGAUGCCUUGUCACCUUACCCCAUACAUAUCUACCUCUAUCAAUCCAGUACCCUGCACGUUGUAAAUAUGGUACUAGAACUGACCCUGUAUAUAGUAUGCUUACUUAGUUUAUCUUGUUCUUCUUAUUUCUAUAUCUCAUGUGUUUUUGUUCUACCUUGUUCUUUUUUAUAUUACAUUGUUAUUGAUUACUAUAUUGUUGGGGUUAGAGCUGCAAGAAAUGCAUUUCACUGUACUUGUACAUGUGACAUUAAAACUUGAAACUUGAACACCUUGCAAAAAAUCUGUGCAUAAUGGUCAACAAUGAACGACCUUAUCCAUGGUGCUUUAAUAACAGUAGUAUUUACCCCUUAUGACAACUAUAUUUUUAACGACUAUAGGCUAGUAGGCUACGUGAGCACACCCAUUGAAAUGAUUUAUUUUAGGAUCCUGGAGACCAGGGGCUAUGCAUGUAUUUGUCCCAAGUCAAGCUGCUCUCCAAAUUAAUCAGCUGGUGAUUGUCAUGCAAAUAAGUGCCGGUCUCAUGGUAAUUGACCAUUAAUCAACAUAAAGACGUUUAGCAUCUCUGGCUCCAUGCAUAGCCUACAAGCCACUGAUGAGGACCUUUGGAACAUCUACAUGUUAAAAAGUCAAAUAAAUCCAUUUAAUAUAGCAUGCCCUACACCAUAACAAUAAAUCCAUUAUUUAUUUUAGUCAGGUCUAAAGAAAAUGUUGCCUAUUCAGAAGAAUAGAAUAGCAUAUUCUGAGACGUCCUUAUGUUAGGCUCUGAUCUGACUAUGCCAUGUGGCUGUGGGCUACACUAAUUUAGCAGGAAAGAUUUGCUUAAAAUUCCCAUGGCGUUAUUUUAUAGUAAGAAAGAACAAUACAAUUGAACAUACAGUAGCUGAAUAAAAUAGAAAGGAUAUUUUCUCCAACUGAUUUCAGAGGAAGUGGGCACAUGCGGCUAUUCAUGUGUUGAGCGGUUAACAAGGAAACAGGUCCUCCGUUAUGCUUAAUUGAAAGUUAUUUAUGCAACUUUAGUUGUGAUACAAAUGUUAGGCUAUAUAUAUAUAUAUAUGGAUUUUUAAUACAUUCUAAGGCUGAAUGAUGCGACUAAUAAUGUUUUGAAAAAAGUCACAUGAAAGGCUGCACACACUUCAUCAGUCUCUCAUUCACAAUUUGACAAGCACUUGAUAAUAUUCUCACCCAUCAGACUUUUCUCAAUUUAAUCUGGUCUUUACAUACAGUAUAUCAUGGUCGCACAGCAUAUGAACUAACAGGUUAUAGAGCAAACAAUGCAAUUGUCACAACACAGGUUGUUAUAUGGCUUUUUUUCUGGCUUCCCCAGUGAUUUUACCCAUGCACCCCUGUUAGCGACUGGUUAGCAAGUUUGGUAGGCUACUAAUGACCAUCAGCGGCAUCAGAGCGCAGUUUUGGAGAAGCCUAGUUACCAUGACUCAACAGUCACGUGGAAUUUGACUGCGGUCAUGACUCGUGACUGCCGGUGUAGCGGUGUAGCAGCAAUUUUACGUUCCAUUAUUAUAACCUAACAGAUCUAGCCACUAGCCUUUUAUAAGGUGAACAAGUGGUAGCCUAAGUUAGCGUUAUAGCUGAGACAAAUAGCCUAUAACGGAGCCUAUACAUCCUUCACUCCUCCCAUCCUUGACGACAUCACCGAUAGAUGGAUAGUGAAAGGACAUAUUAGCUAGGCUACCAACCAAGUCAUGUCAGAUCAGUGAUUAUUUCUUUAUAUAGGCCUAGCCUAUAUAGCCCUCUCAUUGAUCUAAUAGGCCUAUAUUUAGAUAAAUGAUUAUGUCAAGAAAAGGAGUUAAUUAAUGAAUAUUAAUAUAUUGAAACAGCCCUCAGAUUAGCUGCUUUGCGCAUGCAGGAGUGGUCCUCGAGUUGCCUCUCCUCUUACAGACACGUUUGCGUAAAAUCCCUGCUUCAUUGUUCAUUCCUCCCGCAGCCGUUGGAUAGGCCUAUAAUUUACUUUCACUUGCCCACUGUAACGUACGAUUAGUGUACAUGUUAGGGUACCCAAUCUAGUGGGCCGCUAUAGGAUUAUAAUGGGAUGCAAAAUAGCGGUGUUGUAGCAAAUUUGGAGAGCAGCUUGACAUGGGACACGCACACACAUAGCCCCCGGUCUCCAGGAUCCCAAUAUAAUUUGUUUCAAUGGGUGUAGGGUGCUCACGUAGCCUACUAGCCUAUAGUCGUUAAAAGGAUAGUUGCGAUAAGGGGUAAAUACUACUGUUAGUAAAGCACCAUGGAUAAGGUCGUUAAUAGUUGCCAUUAUGCACUGAUUUUUUGCAAGGUGGCGGGCAUGCUGACAGCGACUCAACCCAGGUCAGUGACAGUGCCAAGAUUAGUUUUUUUGUUUGUGCUCAUAACACACCAUGGCCAUUAGAAGAGUGUAUGCCUAUAGUCUGAAAUUGCCAGGGGGAAACUUGUGAGUGUGCGUGCGAGUUAUUAGAUCAUUAGGUUGAUAAGCGUGAGUGCGCAGUGACGCCUGUUUGAACAAGUGUAUUAGAUUAUUAUGGCCGUUUGUUUGUUUUAACGCACCCGUCUCUACCUAUUUAUGUAACCACACGGACUUGGAUGAAAUACCUAAUCCAAGUCCGUGUGGUUCCUCCUAAUGAAAAUACCCAAUCUGUGGCAGUCACAACCUCUUCCAGGUCCUAAUACUUACAAUAAUUUGGUUAUGUGCUAAAAGAGCAAGGAUUUCCUUGUUACUAAAGCCAAUUCUAAAGUAUAGUUUCAACAGUCAUCUAACUCAGGCAUUUCAAAGGUGGCGCACACAGCAACAGAGAGCCAAGGAGGUAUGCAUUUAUUAACCAAAUCCCCUACUUUAAUCUUGAAAUACAACUGCGACUUUAUUCUCAAAAUAUUGCCACUUUAUUCUCAAAAUAUUACCACUUUAUUCUCGAAAUAUUGCCACUUUAUUCACAAAAUAAAAUGUUGACUUUAUUUAAAAAAGUACAUUUCAACUUUAUUCUCGAAAUGUCGACUUUAUUCUCAAAGUAUUUCAAGUUUAUAAAGUACAAUCUGUGCAAAAAAAAAUCCAGGUACCUCCACCCAUAAUGUAUAUUUUAUUUUUUUGUCUUCACUUGGGCCUAAUACUCUUCCAAAUCAUGCAUACCAAAAAUCUGAGGGGGCACAAAGUAUGUGAGAAUACCUCUGGGGUGGUCUGAGGGGGGCUAGGCCCCCAUUUGGAUGUUGGAGAAUGUAGCAUUUUUCAAACAACUGAAACAGCAUUUUCCUGCAAUCUAGAGUCAUAAUCAUUAUGCUUAAUUCUAUGUCAGAAAUGUUUUUUUUGGUGCAUAUUUAAGCAUACAGUGCUUAAAUUCUCCCCCAAUCGCGCAUUGCAUUCGAGCACAUCUUGAAACCUCUAGGCACUGCUCAAAAGUUUUUCCAUUGUGCACUAGGCUAAAAGUUCAUAAAAUGUAGGUCUAGAAGUUGCAAUACAUUGUAAGAAACAGGCCUGGGCAUGUUAUCAUGCACUGAUCAAAUACCCACUGAGAACAAACGUCAGUUCAAAGUCUAUUUUUGAUUUACAUUUGGUUGAGUUGUCAACUAACAUGAAUUCAACGUGAAAUCAACCAAAAAUCCAUCACAUUAAAUUUAGGUUCAAAGUUGGGUGAGAAAAAUAAUGUUUCCAUAUUGAUUCAACAUCAUCACAUUACAUAUUUUUUUCAUGACGUGUAAACAACGUUGAUUCAACCAGUUUUUGCCCAGUGGGUACUGUGUAGGAUCCCUAUUUUUACUGUUUCCAAUGGAAUAAGUAUAGGCCUAUAGGCGCAUCCAACUGGGCACACUACGUCAUUUCAAUGUGGUAUUUUUGUAAUAUUUGGUUGAGACGUUGAUCAGUGAAAUUUCAAUAUUCAUUCACCCACUCAAAAAUACUUUAUCUCUGGCCUAACAACACCCGUGCCAAUAUAUCCUCCAAACACCGUCUUCUCGGGCAUUAUCACUUAAAUAAAUACUGUUACAUUAGUUUGCAAGAUAGCCUUAACUUAAGGCUAUUUACUGUAUGGCAAAAGUGAUAUUGAAAUGUCAAUGCAACCAAAUAUCAACAUUUGAAAGAGAUGUAGCUUUUGUGCCACUGACUUAAUCUGGCUUAAAUUCCAGUUUGUCUACAAAUUAAUAAUUGAUAUGUUGGAUUCACGUCUCCAUCUCAACCCAAAAUCUAAGUUUAAGAAUAGGACUAAAUCAAAUCAAACUUUAAAUGUAGUUUGAUUUGAUUUUGUCCUAAUCUUUAACUUAGGUUUUUGGUUGAGAUGGAGACGUGAAUCCAACAUAUUAAUUAUUAACUUGAGUACAUUUGAAAUCAACCAAAGCUUGAAACCCUAGGCCUACAUGUGUUGUCUAUUUUUUGUUGAACCCUGGGUUGAAUUGAAACAAUAGUUGUUGAUUUCGCAAAUGCUACAUAGGCCUAUUAGAUUAUAUAUGACUUUUAAAGUAAGGUAACAUUUAUUUUGCUCUGUUAAACCUGCAGAAUUACUUCGAUAGCAACAGUAAAUCUAUUUGGUUAUUAAGAGAUCUCUUAAUAAUAAUUCUCACAAUAGCACAUUGGUAGUAGUCAGUGACAAAUAUCAAAGCUGUGCAGGGCUGGGCUUGGUUAAAAUCCUGUAUGGGAGACCAAAAGGUAGCUUUAGAUGGAUCAAUUCUCCAGUUGGAGAUGCUGCCCAGUCUAUAGUUUCUUUUUUGAUAGUCAAUAUAACGUUGAAGAUCUGACGUUGUUUCAAAGGUCCAAAUUCAACAUAUUUUAUACAAGCUUUGUCUAUGUUGAAAUUUCACCCUCAAAACUUUUUCAAAUCCAAGUGCACAAAACAUUAGGAACAUCAGCUUUUUCCAUGACAUAGACUGACAAGGUGAAUCCAGGUGAAAGCUAUGAUCCCUUAUUGAUGUCACUUGUUAAAUCCACUUCAGUCAGUGUAGAUGAAGGGGAGGAGACUUAAGCCUUGAGACAAUUGAGACGUAUUGUGUAUGUGUGACAUUCAGAGGGUGAAUGGGCUAGACAAAAUAUUAAAGUGCCUUUGAACAGGGCAUGGUAGUAUGUGCCAGGUGCACCGGUUUGAGUGUGUCAAGAACUGCAACGAUGCUGGGUUUUUCACGCUCAACAGUUUCCCGUGUGUAUCAAGAAUGGUCCACCACCCAAAGGACAUCCAGCCAACUUGACACAACUGUGGGAAGCAUUGGAGUCAAUGUGGGCCAGCAUUCCUGUGGAACGCUUUCGACACCUUGUAGAGUCCAUGCCCCGACGAAUUGAGGCUGUUCUGAGGGCAAAAGGGGGUGCAACUCAAUAUUAGGAAGGUGUUCGUAAUGUUUUGUACACUCAGUGUAUUUUCUACGUAGAUUUCAUGUCACAUUACGUUGACAAAUAACGUUGAUUCAACCAGUUUGUGCCCAGUGUGAUGGAAGGUUGUAUCAAGAAAAUGUUUACUUUUGACUACAGAGGAGGAUGUCGCUUCAACCAUGACCUGACCUCGGGGUACAACAGCAGAAUCCUGAAAGAACACGGACUGGAGGAACUGAACAGAUCUGAGCUGUGCACUCUGCUGCUUCAGAAUGAUGGCUUCCUCUUACCACCAGUACGUCACACUGCAGGCCCCUAUGCUAAAGUAUACUCUGUCUGGUUAAGGUGUUGUGUUUAGUGAUCAUGAUCUAAAUUAAGCUAAUAUUCCUCAAAUUUUGUGCCAUAGUGUGCAUAAAUAUAAAUGGAAUACUGUGUGUGUGUGUGCUCAUACGUACAUGUGUAUAAUAAUAAUAAUAUGCCAUUUAGCAGACGCUUUUAUCCAAAGCGACUUACAGUCAUGCGUGCAUACAUUUUUUUUUGUGUGUAUGUAUGUGUGUGCGUGCAUGCAUGUAUGUGUGUUUGUGUGUAUAUUUUUCUCGUACAAACAUUUUCCUUCUGCUAGGUGUGCCACAACUACAACAACGGUGUUGGAGAGUAUGGCAAAUGCCAGGAUGGCGAGACAUGCAAGAGGCUCCACAUCUGUGAGAUGUAUCUCAGCGGUAGCUGCAACUGUCCCAGGUGUCAUGAUUUCUACGAACCCCACCCAUUAAAAAUCCUGCAGGACAGAGGGGUGCCCAACGAGCUCAUUGCCUCCCUGAAGUCUGUGUACAUGAACAUCGAGUGGUUGCAAAAGCAAGACCGUGGCAAGCAACAAUAUCAAAGAGCUAAAGCUAAUGCAACCACUAACACAAGUAAGUCAAACCGAGGCCCACAGAGUAGUCACGGUAAGGGCUACACUGUUAUUAGCAUGUUAACUCAAGUCAUUAAAUUAAUAUUGUGUUAUACUGUAAUAUAGUUUUACUAAAGUGUAAAGAUAGUAAAGUGAGUUUGUAUAAUUUAUGAGAACAUAGCAGUUAGUGGAACCUAAUGCUAAUUCCUAAUAUCUUGUAGGUGUUAGAAGAUAUAGUGUGUGAUUAUAGAUGCAUUCUCAUAACUGCAACCCACCUCUCACAUGCCCAGGGCCCACUUUGGGACCCGACCCAUGGUUUAAGAAACCUUGGGCUACAUAAUAGGCUACUAAAUAAAAUAUCCAGUGGCACUGACUUACCCAAUGAUAAAGAUAGCAUGAAUAUAUGUAGGCUACUCACCAGUGAUGGUGCUGUUCGUUUAAUAUUGGGAAUUGUUGAGAAAACAUUUGGUAGCUUCUGCAGACAGAUUAGUGUUCUCUUUUCAACAGGAGUCAUUUGCUUUUCAAACUACGUUUUUCCCGCGAUUGUAUUUAGACAUUUACGAAAGGCCUAUAGCUGCUCUUCACUGACAGAAAUAGAAUCCAUAGAACGGUUGUGUCCAUUGAAGUUAGGACUGGCAGCCAUUGUGAGUGUACUCAUGAGUUUACCAGUCAAAUUACCAGGGUUAGAGGUUCCAAUCUUCCAUGGAUUCUAUUUAGAUGGCCGCAACGCAACAAGCAGUUCGAUAUUUGGCGCGCUUGCUUCCCAAAUUGCAGCUCUCUGGUGUAUUAUUUUGAAUGCUAUUAUAAAUCUGUACAGAUCGAAGUAGGCUAAUUUAUAUAUUUUUGGAAAAACAGACCUGGUCAAGGUAAUGGUAAUACUGCACUUAGCAUGGUGGUCAUGCAGUCAUAGCCCAUCAUUGAUGACAAUAAUCAACACGUAGGUUGAUUGUGGAUUUCUUGUUUAAAAUAACCUAUAAUUUCAUGUGCUCAGUUACAGUGUAUUUACAUGGUUAUUAACUGGUAUUAAGAUCCAAUGAAUGAUGAACAAGUUCCCAGUCACAAGCUAUCAAAAUGUAUAGCUGUUGUUUUUAUUGGCAUGAUAAAUUAAAUGUUUGGUUCUCUUUUUUCAGAUAAAACUGAAAUAUGUAUGUACUUCAUCAAGGGGAGUUGCAUGCACGGUGGUAAGACAGCAUUUUACAAAGCAUAAUUUUAUGAAUAAUCAAUGCUUAUAGCUUAAUAAACAUAAGACUUCAACACCUAACUUUACUCAUAUUUCAGAUAAGUGCUUUAAAGCCCACUCUACCAUGCCCUACCAAUGGGAGGUGAGGGAGGGACUAAACUGGACAGCUCUACAAGACAACGAGGUGAUUGAGAAGGACUAUUGCGACCCAGCAAAGACAUACAGGUGUGCUCUACGUUUAAGAAGAAUGAACUUGAAUGGACAGUAACACAUAGGGCACUUGGUCAAUGGUGGGUAAAUGUUGCUAGUUGUUAGUACAAUGAGUUAAUGCAAUUUAUAAACUGGGUGGUUCGAGCCCUGAAUGCUGAUUGGCUGAAAGCUGUGGUAUAUCAGACCGUAUACCACGGGUAUGACAAAACAAUUAUUUUUACUGCUCUAAUUACGUUGGUAACUAGUUUAUAAUAGCAAUAAGGCACCUCGGGGGUUUGUGGUAUAUUGUCAAUAUACCACGGCUAAGGGCUGUAUCCAGACACUCCACGUUGCAUUGUGCGUAAGAACAGCCCUUAGCCAUGGUAGAUUGGCCAUAUACCACACCCCCUCGGGCCUUAUUGCUUAAAUACGCUUCUAGUUAGUGUGAUAUACAGCUUCCCCUGUUGUGAUUGCUGAUGGUUCGCUGUGUUUUAUCUUGUCUAGUCGGGGAGUCCAGCCUGUGUGUUUCGAUACAAUGACCUGCGGUCUGAACAAAGCCCGGCGUCUCUCCACCAUCUCCUCUGUGCUCCAGCCUACCUUCAUCCUCACCACAGAGUGGGCCUGGUUCUGGGAGGACGAGUUUGGAAACUGGAUCCAGUACGCAUCAGCAGUGAGUGACGACGAGCAGUGUUGAAUAGUGAUGGUUGAAUAGGACAGAGUUCAGUCCCUCUUUAAAUAAAAAUUAUGCAAAUAAUGCAUAACCCCCAUGUUUUCUGUCUUGCCCUACAGAGCGGUGGACACAGGGCAGCCACCAUCACCAGUGAAGACCUGGAGAAGAGGUUCCAGGAAGACAACAAGGCUGUGACAGAGUUCACCGCGGGGUCACAGACCUAUGAACUCAGUUUCCCAGGUGAGCACAGAUGACGUGAUUUCCAAGAUAAACCAACUGCAGCAUUAAAACCAUAUACACCAAACAUAGUAUAUUACGAAAUGAUAUGCAGUGAUUCUUACAGCUAGUACUGCAUAUCUAGUGACAAAUUGAGAUAGUUCUGGAUGGAGUCACUACAGUAAAAAAAUGACAUCUGCAUGUGAAGUGAACUGUCUGUUGUUACGACAGCUCUGCUCCUUUUCAGACAUGAUUCAAACAAACAAGCAGUACAGCACCAAGAAGGUUGUGAGAAGACGGCCUGUGUUUGUCUCUUCAGCUGAUGCACAAACUAUCAAAACCAGGUAAGAUAAAGUUGUGAAUGUUUUGUAUGGAUCAAUUUGCUAUUUAAAUGACUCCUUCACCACAAGGCUCCUUGUGUGUUCUCUUGCCUUGAACGUAGUCGAUAGAAGAGGAAACGCUGACUGUAAAUAAUGUUUAAACUGCUAGACUACCAAAUGUCCAAUCUUUGCAUGUGCCAUUACGAACUAUUGUCUGGUAGGACCUGUACAAUUACAACUCAUUGUCUUAAAUAUGUAUUCUUCUUCUACAUUUCAGCAAAAGGGCUCCGAGCAAUCACUCAAAUUUCAGAGCUUUACCAGGACACUGGGACAAGGCACAAACUCCUGAAACAGGAUGCAAGGUAUUAUAUUAUAUACAGUACAUACCAGAUGCAUGGAACCUGCUAUUUUAGACCAAUGGAGAUGGCUGUUUGUUUUGUUCCUGGGCAAAUAACUGCUCCAAUCUGUCCCUAUAUGGUAGGCUAAGGGUGUAUUAUGACUGUGUUCCUCUGUCGCCCAUCAUGUACCUAUCAGAGAGUCGACCUUCCGUGCUCAUCAGUGGAGUUUAAGGAGAUUCAAGGGCUUUUUCAGAACACCAUGAGAGGCUUCAGCAUCCGCCAAAUCGAGAGGAUUCAGAACAAAGCACUCUGGGAAGUCUUUCAGUGGUACGUUCCCUAAGACUACAUAAACUUUCAACUGACGAUCACCUGAGUUAUUGAUUGGUCUAGAAUAGAUGCUCACUUCCUGACUGCUUGCACAAUAAUUGCACAUUAUACAAGCAUUCUCUCUCUCAACUAACUUUCGGUCACAAAUAUCAUCUUAAAAAGAAAUACAAAGAAUUGAUUUCCAAUAUAUUCUGCUCCCUGUCUACAGUGCUUCUAGAGGACAUACACUGAUUGCAAGGCAAAGGGAUUUAUUGGUAUUAUUCUGAUUGCAAGGCAAAGGGAUCUCAUGAAGAAGAACAACAGAGGGAGGAAUGUGACGGAGAAACAGCUUUUCCAUGGCACAGACUCCAAAUACCUCGAUGCCAUCUGCCUUAACAACUUUGACUGGCGGAUCUGUGGACUAAACGGAACAGCCUAUGGGAAAGGUGAGCUGUUUCAUGUGCUUGUGCUAUUACAUUUUUUUCAAAUUAUUGACAUAAAGCGAGAUGAUAUAUCAUUUAUAUCAUAUAUUUUCCUGUGAUUAAUGAUUACUGCUUACCCCUUUAUCCCCUAACAUCCAAUGUCAGGGAGUUACUUUGCCAGGGAUGCCAAAUACUCCAACAGCUACACUGGCCAAUCAAAUACGAAGUCCAUGUUUGUCUGUCGUGUGUUGGCGGGUGAUUACACCAAAGGGCACUCCAGCUACCUCCGGCCCCCCUCGAAGGACGGAGGGGACACCAUCUUCUACGACAGCUGUGUGGAUGACGUCAGCAACCCCUCCAUCUUUGUGGUGUUUGAGAAGCACCAGGUGUACCCAGAGUACCUCAUCCAUUAUAAUGAGGAUGACGCAUGGUCGCAAGUCUACCAGCCAUACUACCCUCCAGCUGCACCUGCGCCUAGACCAGCACCAGCAUACAGACCAGCGGCUGCCUCAGCGCCUAGACCUGCACCAACACACAGACCAGCACCAACACCUGCACCUAAACCUGAGAACUCCUGUGUCAUUAGUUGAGGCUGACUGUGAGCUGUGAACUGUGAACCCUUUGAUAUUAAACUGAGGCAAAAACGUAGGCUUUUGUGAAUUAGAGAAAUGGAUUUAGCACUCUGUUAAAUGUUUGACAAUUACAGCUCAUCUUGACAUGCACCUUAUUAUGAUUACUAGAUGUGCUAUUAUCUGUUUUCUACAAUGCAAGCAUUUUUGUAGUGCUAUUGACUUUAUAUAAUGGUAAAUUACAAUCUAUGUACACACCAGAAUGUAAAUGUAAAGUUAUGCACCAAUAAUUAAAUUAAACUAAGUGAUGAACAAUUGUAAUGAUGGGUUGGUAGACAACGCACAUAAAUAAUGUGGCAGCAUUGAGGUGGCCGGAAGCCGUGGUUUGUUAUGAUUCUGAAGGGUCAGAUAGCUGGCAACAAUGACAAGAAGCUGCCAUGUGGGGAAUUGUAGGUGGCUCGUUUCAGCUAGUUUUAUCUUGUGCUUGAUACCAUGACUUGUUUUUGUUGGGAUUUGUUUUCUCAUAAUUGGAUUGAAGUGAUGAAUAGCUUAGAAGGAAUGCAUUAAUGAGGAGCAUAGGUUUGAACUAUACUGAUAUAAAUUGUUUCACAUAACAGGCUGUGAUUCAUGUGAGGAACGUUAGGGGCUAGGAUGAGAUAAAACUUGUAUUUCUUAUAGAUAAGACUUGUAUUUCUCACAGAUACGAACACUGCCUCUUUGUUGUCUGUGAACCGUCCUUGAACGUAGUACAGUGGAAUGGUGUCUUUUGGGUGCUGACUUCACAGGUUGUUAUGAUAAACUUAUGCCUGGCAACAGUGUGCAACAAGUGGAGCGCAGAGGGGUUGGGACCAACCCGUGCGCCAACGGAUUGGCUGAGUAAGUCUAAACCACGCUCAGCGUCUACUCUGAUUGGCCAGCAGAGAGGUGGGAACUCUCUCUGUCAGAGUAUUUGAGGAAGAACCGGUAACAAUUGAUCAGUUCUCUGAGUGCCCUGCGUGGUAUUUCAGCGGACCCGUAUAUACGAACCUUCAUACUUAUCAUACAUACAUUUUGCAUAUAAUAAAUUAAGCUUGGAUUGAAGAUCUCUUGAUUCUUAUUCCAAUACCAGAUUUGAAUUACGCAAUUUCUAACAUUUUGACUGAUUUCAUGUCAAUGCUAAUAUGGCUAAAAUUCACUAGCUAGCUAACCAACAACUGUAACGAUGUAUUUGAGAGACAAGUGCUCAUUGUGCAAAUGUAUUUAUGUUUUCAAUAAACAUUUGGAGACAUAAUAGAGUUAACAUGUUGUCAACAAUCUAAGCCAACCCUGUCUGUUUUGCCCCAAAGCUGCGCACACGUUGGUUUUGUUGCUAAACAACCAACCCAUCUAUGAGGACUACUCCUUUUGAGGAGUACCAAUAUGACAGACCGUGGCUUCAAAGCCUCUCAUUGGCCAAUACAUAUAAUCAGCAAUCUAGGGUUUAUAUACAUCAUUGGUAAAAACAAGUGACCGGGUCCAAAAGUCUAACUUGUCCUGCUAUCCAUUCGGGUCUGGUCUGUUUUUUUUUUUUAAUGACCAGGUCCAUCCGGGUCUGAUUGUCCUCGUUCGG